CAACAAACGGCCUGCCCAUCGCCAUCGCAUCGCAUCCGCAACGUCAUCCUCCCGCGCACUCGCUCGUCUUCCCCCAGAUGCGCCGACGAAGCCAGCUGAAACCUGGAUACUACGCGCGCGCUCACCAGCACUGCCACAGCUAGCGGCGCAACAGCUAGCGGCGCAACAGCACCCUCUAGGUAGGCCUGCGGUGGGCUUCGUCCACUCCGAUCCGACAGCCAGGAGAGCUGCAUCAUGGGCCUCAUUAGGAAGAAGACGGCGUCGCGGGGCACUGAGGGCGGUGUCAAGUACGUCUGCGAUGUUUGCCUCUCAGACAUCACUUCCACGGUCCGCAUACGGUGCGCCAGCAACGCCUGUCACGAGUAUGACCUCUGUGUGCCCUGCUUUUCUGACGGUAAAUGCUCCCGCGAGCACGAUCCGCGGACCCACCACUACCAGGUCAUUGAGCAACACUCUAUCCCCAUAUUCACCGACGACUGGGGGGCUGAUGAAGAGCUGGCGUUGCUGGAGGGCGCAGAAACUUAUGGGCUUGGCUCCUGGGCCGACAUAGCAGAUCAUAUCGGUGGAUUUAGGUCGAAAGACGAAGUCCGCCAACACUACAUUGACACCUACAUCAACAGCUCCAAAUUCCCCCUCCCCGAACAUGCCAGCCCAGAUGACAAAGCUCUCAGCGAGCGGAUACCGCGCGACAUCUUCCAGGCUCGGAAGAAGCUACGGAUAGAAGAGAGGAAGGAAGCUGCCAAAAAUGCCCCACCCGCGACACCAAAACAAAAGCCUACGGCUAGUGUACCCGCGUGCCAUGAAGUCCAGGGGUAUAUGCCAGGGCGCUUAGAGUUCGAGACUGAGUACUUCAACGAAGCUGAGGAAGCCGUGCAACAUAUGCAAUUCGAGCCUGGGGAUGGCCUCAAUCCACGCACCGGCGAAAGUGAGCCAGAAAUGGAGUUGAAGAUGACGGUUAUGGACGUCUACAACUCCCGGCUAGAUGCUCGAGUGGAACGGAAGAAGAUCAUAUUCGAACAUAGGCUCCUCGAGUAUCGGAAGAAUGCGGCGGCUGACAAGAAACGGACGAAAGAAGAGAGAGACGUGCUCAACAAAGCUAAGCCAUUUGCGCGAAUGAUGAAACACGAUGACUUCAAGACGUUCUGCGAAGGAUUGGAGUACGAACACAACCUGAGGCAAGCCAUUGGACAGCUUCAGGAAUGGAGAAACAACCAAAUAGGGGACCUUAAGUCAGGCGAAAAGUACGAGCAGGAGAAACAGCAGAGGCAAUCCCGCGGUCCACCCAUUGGCCAAUUCGACCGAUUAGCUACAAAUAGGAUCACUAAACCCACUCCCCCUUUCGAGACACCGUUAGCCACGACAGCGUUGACCGCACCAGAGCUCCCUCUACGGCUUCAACAGAACGGUGGUCUCUCCACGCCACCUCCAGAUCGAGUGUUGAUAAAUGGCACCCCAAAUGGCACCACAAAUGGCGUUCUCACUCCCCAGCAAACGAAGACGAAAUUCAUCCCAAAACCAUUACCAAACAGUGUCCCAAUGAAGUUUGGAAAGGAUGCCGCUGUAGACCUCCAGUUGCUCACUCCCGAGGAGCGCGAGCUUUGUAGUAUACUUCGCAUCAUGCCAAAGCCUUACCUUGCAAUCAAAGAGGCCAUGGUUCGGGAGGCCAUGAAGCAGGGCGGUGCGAUCAAGAAGAAACUCGCCAAAGAGAUUUGUAGGAUUGACGUGAACAAAGGAGGUCAGCUGUUUGACUUUUUCGUUCAUAAUGGCUGGAUAGGCAGGGCAUGAGUCCUUGGGCAAGGGCAAGGAUGUGGUUCCGGAUUUAGAGUAAGCCGACGUUUGUGGUGUUGACUUGAUACCCUGAUGAGCCUUGAUACUACUUGCUGAGUGCACGGGCUGUGGGAUUCAGAGAUAUAUUAUAGAAUACACAAUUCCA